AUGCCGUCCGUCAAAAACCCCAACGGCCCGUCCAAGAACCGACUCGCCGCGCGCGCUGCCGCCGCCAAAAAGGUCCGAAGAAAGCGCAGCGAGUUGGGCAAGAACAAGAUUUCAAAGCAGGACGUCGCUCGUGGCGCAAGGCCCGGAAUCCUGCCGACGAGCGGUCCGCGAGCAAAAGUCAGCGCCAAGAAGGCGAGGAAGUUGGAGAGGAAGAUGGGAUAUGCGCUGAAGAGGAGGGUGGAAGCCGAGGGGGAGGCGCAGAUGCGAGAUGCGCCCGACGUGGAUGCCGAGAUUGAGAGGCAGCUGAACGAGGAGAACGAAAUGGAUGUCCAGUGA